UUGUGACCCAGGUUUCAUUCUAGGCGUUCUCGAAUCAAGAUGGCGUCUGUGGACAACAAGUCAUGGCAAAAAGAUGCUGCCGACCAGAAUUUUGAUUACAUGUUCAAGCUUUUAAUAAUUGGAAACUCUGCAGUAGGGAAAACAUCCUUUCUCUUUCGAUAUGCCGAUGACUCGUUCACAUCAGCCUUCGUCUCGACCGUCGGGAUCGACUUCAAAGUAAAGACUGUAUUUCGAAACGAAAAACGAGUCAAGCUGCAAAUAUGGGACACAGCUGGGCAAGAGAGAUAUCGGACAAUAACGACGGCUUAUUAUCGAGGUGCGAUGGGAUUUAUUCUUAUGUACGACAUAACAAACGAAGAGUCGUUCCAAGCCGUUCAAGACUGGUCAACCCAAGUUAAAACCUAUUCAUGGGCCAAUGCACAAGUGAUUCUCGUCGGGAACAAAUGUGAUAUGGAAGAAGAUAGAGUCGUAUCAUAUGAGAGAGGCAAGCAACUUGCAGACCAGCUCGGCUUAGAAUUCUUUGAAACGAGUGCAAAAGACAACGUCAACGUCAAGCAAGUAUUUGAACGGCUAGUGGAUAUCAUAUGUGACAAGAUGUCAGAAAGUCUAGAUUCGGAUCCGACAAUUAUUAGCGGGCAGAAACCUGGAACGACAAAGUUGACGUCAGAGAAACCUCAACAGAAUCAAGAGGGUUGUGGCUGCUGAUGAAUCUCUGGCRCUCAAGUGACUUUCUGAAAAUUUUCUUUUCAAAUUGGAGCAUUGAAGGUUACUUUCAACAUACAUUAGGGGACAUUUGACAGGGACGCAGAGCAAUGGACAGACCUUUGUUUAUGGUAUUGGUAGCAGGGCUAAAAAUAAUUGCAGAUUAUCRGCAGAGCUUUCAAUAAAAGGCGGCUACCGGCGGUUCAUCGCCGGAUACUUCACCUUAAACUGCAGGCUAUUUUGACAUAAAAUUAAUUUAUUGCCAAAUAAAGUUAUAUACAAACAACAGUGGAUUCAGCCUGCUACUUUUUAGGACUAACYGCCUACUACAAAUAUUAUUGGAAGCUCUGUAUCGGACGAAGUUCAGCUAGAAUUGGAACUAACUUGUCUGAUCAAAAUCUUAAUUUUGCCAGUCAUUUUCUUCAGUGGUGUUGAGCCAGAAAGGGAUUACUGUGCUAAAACCAAUUUGGAUUUUCRUCAUGACUGGUGAAGUGGCUGAACAGCUAUUAUUUUCUGCCCUGUUAAUGUAAAAGAGGGCAACUAAAGGGUGGGAUUGUGAUGUACGUAAGGGUUACUCAAAGUUUCCCCCUACUUCGACCUACUUCCCCCUACUUUGAUCCCUACCACAUGUCCCCUAAUGUGUGAUAAGCUUAAACUGGCUUUCAAAAAUCUGUCGCGGGGAUUAUUUGAAGCAGUUAGUUAAGAAAAGGAAUCUCUGUGAGAAUAUAUAGAUUAGUAAAAUAAUUCUAAUCUUGUGUCAGUUGGGUAUUUGUUUUGUUACCAUUAGCUAUAUAAUCUUGCAGAAACUCCUUGUGGGGUAGUUAGAAUCUAAUAAUUUAUUUAUGGUUUAUUAGUGUAUCACUGUUUGCAUUCAUCUGUCGUUAGUAAAUUAUAGUUAUAUUUGUCGUUAAGGUUUCCAAACUUCUUAGCAAGGGCACUCAAACGAAGAAAAGAUAAUGCAUCAUCUAAAUUGGGUGUCUGAGCGGCAGUAUCCAUAUAUGUUAGUAUAUCGUUGCAUAAUCUUAAACGAAUCUUUUCUUUUCGAAGGGGAUAAAAGAGUUGACCCUUGCACCAGCAGUAGGGUUAGCCUUCCUGCCAUUCUUAUAGCUGAAAACAAAUGCAUAUUUCUUAUUUGUUCAAAUGAUAGCUUUAAUUUAGUUUUCAGUGGUCCAGAUAGYUGUAAGAAAGGAGAGUUUCAAUUGGCAAUUUGUUACAGAAUUCUCAAUCACACAUGCCACUCUAGUGAUUGUUUUUGUUGUGACGAAGAAGCUUUUGGUGGACGUCAAUCAAUUCAUUUCCAUGACAUUCUAUAGGCACRUGCCCUUAUAGCUUUGUGUUUUCCGACAAUGUUAUGGAAACGCCUUGUGAUUGACGUUCACCAAAACUUUCUUCGUUGUGACAGAAAGAGUCGCUAGAGGGCGUGCGUAAUUGAGAAUGGCUGUAAAUAAUCUUGGGAUUAAGUAUAAUGAUUUCUAAUAAUAUCAUUCAUAAUAGUAAUAAUAAUAAUAAUAAUAAUAAUGCUUAUUACUUGUAUUUGCACAAUUUUCCAUUCACUUAGAUAUAAUGAACUGCUCAAUGAAUGUAUCUUAUCUAAUUUGAAAACAUCUGUGAAUCAUUUGUAUAUACGCCCAUGAUCUAAUUUUCUCCUCAUUUGUGCACAGAUUCUGUAGAAAAUAAGUUAACAUUCCAAUUUUAUGUGCAUCAAAAAAUUUAAUGCAGUUAACACAGUUGCAAACGUUAGGAAUUUGUAAUUCCCAUGGGCUAGGGGUCAGAGAAAGAACAAAAUUACAGAGUUUGUAUGGAAGAAAAUUGGAAUUUCCGGGGGGUAGGGUCUUUAAAAAAAUUCCUCUGUGUGUGGRGUAUGGAUAAUUUUUGGAACUACACAGUCCAUGAGAAUUCUCUAAUUUCUAUUCAAUGUUUGCCAGGCUCAUAGAGAUUCAACUUUAAAUGAUUUCUUGUCCAAAUGUUUCUGUAUUGUUCUUGCCAAAAUUGUGGUAAAAAUUUAUAGGCAUUAUCUUUGUAAUCGUAGCUCCUUUUUGUGGAAAUUUUACAACUGUGAUUUUCAAUUUCUGCGAUUUUCAAUUUCUGCAAACUCUGUUAUUUCAACGGCUAGUUGUGAAAUCAUUUUUUAACUGACGCCAGUCAAGAAUAUAAAAGGUAGGCAGUGCAGGAACAAUCGAAUCUAAAAUAAUUGGAAAUUGAAGUUUUG